UUUAUUAAAGUUAGUAACUAGAAAUAAAAUGGAUAAGUCCCUUGCUACAACUAUAGAGGAAAUUAAACUCCAAGAACAAAACGCUGAAAUUAAAUUAAAGGAAAAUCGUGAUUUAGAAUCAACAAUCGCAUCUCUUAACAAAAACAUAAGAGAGACAGUGAUUCAGAUAGAGAAAUCUGAAAAGGAACAAAGAGAAUUAACCAAAAUAAUUAACAAACUCCGUAGCCAGCUAGAAUUAGACAAAAUACGCCGUGAUGCUUUGUUAGCUCAAAUUGAAGCUAGUAGAAAAGAAUUAGAAGAAUUAAGACGAAAAUCGUAUUUAAUUAUGUUAUUUUUAGACUUUUAUUGUGGUCAGGACGAAGGUAUUACGACGGUUUGGAAUAUACGGUCAUCUCUAUGCAAUGCGGUACAUAUGGCGUCGGAUAAUUAUGAUGUUAUGGCACUUCUUAUGAAACCGAAAUCGGUGGUAACAUUGCCAAAAGCUAAAACCCUCCCAGUUAAAGAAGUGGGCGAGUUUGAUAGAAAGCUUAAAGAAGUAACGCAAAGAAAACAAAACGCCGUAAAAGACCGAGAUCGGCUGUUGAAUGAACCAGAAACAGGCCACGAAUUUGUUAGGUAUUCUAUUUACAAAAAUCGGUUUAUUUUAUCUUUGUAUUACAGCUGCAGUCGAAGUCAACGUAGGUGAAGGAAAAUUGCACUUUAGUACAUUUAAUUGUAACUUGUUAAGUUUCACCGAAGCUCAGUAAUUUCUUCACACUUUGCGGGAAAAACUAAAUACCUUUCGAAUGUACAUUUAAUUCUUUGUUCUUUUAGGAUAAAAAAUGCAUUGGAGUUUUCCCUUGAAAAGAUUUCCAGUCUUCGUAGCAAUUAAAAUUUAAGUUUAAUAAACGGUUUAUUUGAUUGCUUAGUUUUAUUUGUGUUACUUAAUUGUGCAGAAUAAAUAAAAUGUAAUAUAAAGUAAUAAAUAAUUUCAAGAGA